AAAAUAUUUUGAUAUUAUUUUAUUGCAACGUCUAAUAUGUGCUAGUUAUAUUGUGUACACUGAAGACCAGUGAGGGGUUUAUUUUAAGAAAAACACCAAAGCAAGCAACAAUGUGACUCGAACAUGUUUAGCCUUCAUUAUGCUCCCAAUGCAUGUGUCACUGAUCUCUUAAUUUAUAUUACUGUACGGUAAAACUUUGAAACGUUCGGCAAAACGCAGCAACUCCAACGUAGAGUGGACUUUAGACUUGAAAUUGUUACAAACUGUUCUGUACCAGUAGCGUGAAUAGAAGCAGUAUGCGUGUUUUGCUUUUAAUAAAUAAAUAAAACAAAAUAUGUAAUGUAAUCUGCACCAGCUAAAAAAAAAAAGUCACUAAUAAAAGUAACCAGCACAGUUUAAAACACGAACGCCACUUCUGUCACAAGUCCGAAGUAUUCUUUGUUUCCUGUUUGGUUUUUUUUGGCGGACGACUACACUGCUGAGCCUGCUCACGGUGUUGUUCACCUCUCACGUCACUGGUUGCGUUUCUCCUUUCUUCCCGGUAUACUUACUGUAGUACUGUUCGUUUAGUUGUUUGUAAGUGAAGAUGGCGUCUGAUGGUCACUUUGGUGUUACCAACUCGUCUACGGGUAAUGAAGGCAUUCUUAUUGGAGAUAAAGUUUAUUCCGAGGUUUUCCUCGCUAUUGACAACUCGCUUAUCCCGGAGGAGAGACUCUCUACAACCCCGUCUAUGUCAGAUGGCCUCGACCUCCACAACGAAACAGACCUGCGCAUCCUUGGCUGUGAAUUAAUCCAGUCCGCUGGAAUUCUUCUCCGUUUACCGCAGGUGGCCAUGGCUACAGGCCAGGUUCUUUUUCAUCGAUUUUUCUACUCGAAGUCCUUUGUCAAACACAGCUUUGAGAUUGUUGCCAUGGCUUGUGUGAAUCUUGCCUCGAAGAUUGAAGAAGCACCACGGCGAGUAAGAGAUGUAAUAAACGUGUUUCAUCAUUUAAGGCUUCUUAGAGGAAAAAGGACACCAACUCCAUUGAUACUUGAUCAGAACUACAUUAACACCAAAAACCAAGUAAUCAAAGCAGAGAGGAGAGUGCUGAAGGAACUGGGUUUCUGCGUUCAUGUCAAGCAUCCCCACAAGAUCAUUGUAAUGUACCUUCAAGUUCUUGAGUGCGAGAAAAAUCAAACCCUCGUCCAAACAGCCUGGGUAGUCCAUGAUGGUAAGUCUCAUAGAAAGAACUCUGAACUCUGCUCCUUCAACCACAUGACCUCAGGAAUCUCCCAAUUGGCUGCCCUUCUCUCCAGCCAAUCCAGUGCAAGCUCUCAUCCGAGAUUCACUGAAGUGGUCCUUAUUCACCUGGCAACAUCAUCUUGUUUUCUUGGGUGUCAAAGGAUUUGUAUUUUUGCUUCCAGAUGUAAUUGUUCAUUUAAGUAGCAAUGUAGACAUUUUAAAUGCACUGUUUUUGUAUUUAGAUACAAAUAACUAAAACUAUACAUUGCAAAACCAAUUUAUGCUAUUAACAGUCUUUUUUUUUUUUUUUUUUUUUUUUACAAAAGUUUAGAAGUAGAUAUUUACAUAUCUUCUUACAUAAGUAUUAGAAAAUGUGACUUAGUCUUGAGGAAUCUGUUUUCCAGGCUCCAGUCCUCAUAAACUGGGUCUUCAAGCAGAGAAGAUUGUAAGCGUAUCCUGUAAAUGGAACCCUUAAUCUUGCUUACUAAGACUUCAUCUUGGGAUGGGUUGGGUUUUCUUUUGAAUUGAGAAACUAAAUUUAACGGUAGUUUGCGCUGUACAGUUCUUUUGCCAUCUACAGAUCAAGUUCAGACAUGUUGCCAGACAUAUCAUCUUUGAAAUGCAAAGAAGUAUUUAUGUUGAUGUACAAGUAAAACCAGUCCUAGAUGACCACUUGGUCAGUAACCACUUUUAAUGAUUCAGUUGAUAGGAACUUUUAUUUUAAGGACUGGUAUUUAACACAGGUUUUACUUGUUUUCAAAUUCCUUUUUCCUCAUUUACUCCUUUGGAAUAAUUGAGUGAAAUUUGUUAGCCAAAAAAUAUCUGUAGCUUUGUCAAGGAUGUAUCUUCCAAUUUCUGAAUUGUAUAAUGUUUCACAAGCAUUAAAGGCUGCACAAGCCCUUUCAAAUUGCACUAAAAACAGGAAACCUAAUACAAAAUAAAACAAAAGUGAUCAAUAUUUGUUUAAACAGCAAUAUUAAACUUAUUCCAAAAUCCCUAAUUUCUAGUGAGCAUAUAACGUAAAUUAGUUUGGGAUUUUUAAAUCCCUUUAUUUCAAUCAUGUUAAGUAUGAUUGGUUAAGUCCUGUAGGCAAAUUUUCAUCAGAUUCAUACCGAUAACACAGAAGUGGUUACCAGUGGAAAUACUUGGUAUUGAAGAUCACUGCAUCAAGGAAAUACAUUUAAAUAUGCAUUUGAUUGGGAACAUCUGGACAUCUUGGAUUUUCUUGAAGCACAUUCCAUUAGGGAUCUAGUCAGACUUAACAUAUUCCCGAUCAGUGCUUUGCACAGAUGAUUUGUUGAGUUGGUUUAUCUUUUUCCUUUCUUGAAUAUGCAGUGAAUUGAGGCAUAUUUUGGAGCCAAAUAAAAGCAGAUGUUCUAUGAUGUGGAGAGAAAAAAAGGACAAGUUAAAUUGAGUCUCCAAAUGCUGUGACAUGUUUCUUAAUGCAUGCUUUCCUUUAGCUUUCAUUUAAUCAGCAUAGUGAAUGGGUCAGGAUUGUUUUGAUUGUUUUUCAGGAAC